AAACAAAGUCACCAAAAUGGCAACCAUUACCGCUGACAACAACUCCAACAGCCAUUUUGAAAUGGAAAUUGAAGCGGAAUCUGCAAUUCUCCAGCAAAUUCAGAACAAGAUGGCAAAGCAUCUGGAAUCUGCAGCAUAUGUUCCACCAACAGAAGAAGAACAAAAGGCAAUUGAUGCUAAGUCUGUUUUCAUUGGAAAUGUAGAUUUCAACUCUACAAUUGAAGAAAUCGAAGAGCAUUUUAAAGGAUGUGGACAGAUUGUGAAAACUACAAUUCCAAAGGAUAAAUUCACGAAAAAACAGAAAAAUUUUGCAUACAUUGAAUUCGAUGACUCAUCCAGCAUUGAAAAUGCACUUGUAAUGAAUGGAUCAUUGUUCAGAAGCAGACCAAUUGUGGUCACUGCCAAAAGAACAAAUAUUCCUGGAAUGGGACAUGGUGUACGUGGAUCAUCAAGAGGAACCUUCGGAAGAGGACGUGGAGCUGCUCGCGGAGCACCAGGAAGACAACAGACAGUCGUUGUCAAGUAUGUCUAUGUAAAUGGUCCAAAUCGGGGAGGACGUGGUGGAAGAGGACGUCGAUUCAAUCCAUACUAGAUUCGUGUUUCUGAUACCCUUAAUUGAUUUUUUCCUUACUACUUACUGUUCUGUAUCGUAAUUUGAUAAUAUCACACACUUCCUAAUUAAAUUCAAUAAUGAUGAGAGUUUCAUAAUAAAGUUUUU